CAUGUAUGUAUCUAAGAAUGUGUUAAAGUAUCAUUUUGACCCCUAUGAGACUCCACAGGACACAUACCUACUAUGCAAACUGCAGUGGGGUGAGACUGGCACGCCUUGGAUACACUGGGUCAAAAAUGAUCGCUAUCAUGCUGAAGUCUACUUCCUGAAGAAGAUAUUUAAGAUGAGAAGAUCCAAUAAUUAUGUCAACUGUUCCGUCACCUGGUACUUGUCCUGGAGUCCCUGUGUGAACUGCUGCCGUAAAAUAUUGAAUUUCUUAAAGAAGCACUCAAAUGUGAACAUAGACAUGCAUGUAGCACGACUUUAUUACAUAGAAGAUGAAAGAAUCCGUCAAGGUCUAAAGAACCUUGUGAGCUUGGCGAAAGUAACCAUAGCUGUCAUGGAAAUUGAAGACUAUACUUACUGUUGGAAAAACUUUAUCCAAGGAGAUGUUGAUGAUGAUGCCUGGACUGUGGGCUUUCAACCAAAGAUAAAUAAGAAUCGUUUGAAGCUGAAGGACGUCCUUGAGGAAGAGGAGAUCUGCACCAGGAUUACCCUGUCCCAGAUGGAGAAUCCAGCACUUGCUCUUCUUAAAUUUCAUACGGUUGAUGACUGCCCAGCUCUUUAG